UUGACUGGAAGGAGUGGGACCUUGGGAGGCAUUUCCUCUCCUGACUGGUUCUUUUUCAAGGCAGUCGGUGAAGGCAAGUGGAAGGCAUGACCCCCUCUUCAGACAAAGAUCUCAAUGGGCUAGAUAACCCCAGCUUUGUGGGUGAACACGGGAGCCACUGCCACUCCUCACCAGCUCGUGCUGCCUGGGGCCCAGAGGAAGAUGGGGGCUCUGGCCACAGUGAGACCAAGCUUGGCUACACUGUCACAGAUGUGCCUCCCUGGUAUCUGUGUAUCCUGCUGGGCAUUCAGCACUUCUUGACAGCCAUGGGAGGUCUCGUAGCCAUCCCGCUGAUCCUCUCCAAAGGGCUUUGCCUCCAGCAUGACCUGCUGACACAGAGCCACCUGAUCUGCACCAUCUUCUUUGUCUCAGGCAUUUGCACCCUGCUGCAAGUCCUUUUUGGAGUCAGGCUGCCUAUUAUUCAAGGAGGGACUUUCACAUUCCUGACCCCCACCCUGGCAAUGCUGUCUCUCUCCAGCUGGAAGUGCCCUGCCUGGACACAGAAUGCCACCCUGGUGAACGCCUCUUCACCAGAAUUCAUCCAAGUCUGGCAGACGCGGAUGCGAGAGGUGCAAGGAACUAUCAUUGUAGCUUCUUGUUUUCAAAUCUUUGUUGGAUUUUCUGGCCUGAUUGGAUUUCUGAUGAGGUUCAUCGGCCCCCUGACAAUUGCCCCCACCAUCACCUUGGUUGCACUACCUCUGUUUGAGUCGGCUGGAGACAUGGCUGGGCAGCACUGGGGCAUAGCAUUCAUGACUAUUUUUUUCAUAGUCUUGUUCUCUCAGUACUUGAAAGAUGUUGCUGUGCCGCUGCCAUCUUACCAGAGAGGCAAGAAGUGCCACCUCUCUCCAAUCUACCUCUUCCAGAUCUUCCCGGGAAAAGGGUCAGGCGGGGACACCUCGCCCACCCCGCCCGUGCUGGGGACGCGGCCGUCCCCUGAGCAGACCCCUUGUGACGGGCAGGUGCUGCUGGGGCUGUCCCUGAGCUGGCUGCUGUGCCACGUGCUGACAGUGACCAGCGUCCUGCCUGCGGCCCCCACCGCCUACGGCCACCUGGCCCGGACGGACACCCGCGGGGACGUUCUGUCACGGGCGCCCUGGUUCCGGCUGCCCUACCCAGGCCAGUGGGGAACGCCAACGGUGAGCCUGGCCGGGAUCUUUGGCAUGCUGGCCGGGGUGAUCUCCUCCAUGCUGGAGUCCGUGGGAGAUUACUACGCGUGUGCCCGCCUGUGCGGGGCCCCGCCGCCGCCGGAGCACGCCAUCAGCCGCGGCAUCGGCGUGGAGGGCGUCGGCUGCCUCCUGGCUGGGGCCUGGGGCACGGGCAGCGGCACCACGUCCUACAGCGAGAACGUGGGGGCUCUGGGCAUCACCAAGGUAGGGAGUCGAAUGGUGAUCCUUGCUGGUGCCUGUGCCAUGCUCCUGAGUGGCAUCUUCGGGAAAGCUGGGGCAGUGCUUGCCAGCAUUCCCAUCCCUGUGAUUGGAGGCAUGUUCCUUGUGAUGUUCGGAGUUAUCACGGCAGUGGGGAUUUCCAAUUUACAGUAUACAAAUAUGAACUCCUCAAGAAACAUCUUUAUCUUUGGAUUUUCUCUAUUUGCUGGCCUCACAAUUCCCAACUGGGCAAGCAAGAAUAGUGCAGUGCUGGAAACAGGAAUCAUCCAGCUUGACCAAGUGAUCCUGGUGCUUCUCACCACUGGCAUGUUUGUGGGUGGACUUCUGGGCUUUAUCCUGGAUAAUACCAUUCCAGGAACACAGGAGGAGCGGGGGCUCUUGGCAUGGAAGCAAAGCCAUGAGGGAGGGAUGGAGAGCUCUCAGCUCGUUUCCAAGGUCUAUGAUCUUCCAUUUAGCAUAGGCACCAAAUAUUGCUAUGUCUCUUGGUUUCGCUAUCUCCCUGCUUGCCCCAAAAGACUGUCUUGUGACCAGAGAAUGGAUGAACUGAAGGCUGCUGGGCAGAAAAAAAGUGUUAAAGCAAGCUUAGAAAGAAACUCUGAGAUUAGUGCAGAUACAAGGAUUUAAGCUGCUGGCCUGCAAGUGAACUCACCUCAGAAGCAGAGGUCCGAAAGUGUGUCUGCAGCCCUCAUCAUGUGAGUGUGAGCUGGCAGCUGUUGGAGGGGGGAGCAGAAGGAUAAUGUCUUUCUCUUCCCAGCUCUGCUGACUGCACCACUGAUGGCCUCAAGGAAGUAAUUUUUUCCUUCUCUCUUCCUGCUGGCUCACUUCUAGGAAGAACCUAAUCCCUCCUCAGGGAACACCAAAGCCCAAGAAAUGCCUAGGAAAGAUAUUCUGUUUCCUUCCUUGUACUCAUCCUUGGGCACCCUAAGGGGCAGAGCAGAAGGGCUUCCUGUCCCCUGAUCUGGCAGCUGAAGGAGCCAGUGGAGAAGACAUCCCUGAUGUGGGCCCUGUACCACUCUCAGGCAUCCCUUGGGCUGAGGUUCAUCCCCAGCACCCUAAAGCAACACUCAGCUCUCAUCUUGUGUUUCAUACUUAAUCUUGGCCAAGGGGAAGGAGCAGGUGCUUCUAGGUCGUGAUUCAUCUCAUUCCAUAUUCCCAUAAUUUAGCCAGCCAAAUAAAUGUAGUUGUAAGAGAGGCAUCUAAAGUUAAUGGGACGGAUUGUCUUCUGAACCUGUCUCUUCUGGCUCAGACCACAAAGGGACUUGAGAGACCUUAGCUUCUUCACCUAACAGAAAAAAUCAGCUUCACUGAAAUGUAUCCCACCUUGGAGUGCUGGGAGGACUCUCAGGCAAACCAGUUUCCUGGUGGGGCACCCAACCCUACAAAGAUGAAGGAAUCCUCAUCAAAUAUAACGGAGAAAGCACUUCUGCUCAUAAUCUUAUGCAUCCCUAUGCUACUGCUAUGUCCUGUGUACCCCUGCUGUAGCUGUUUGGUCUGGUGUGGUGAUUGUGUGGUGACAAGCACUUCUCUGGAAAACAGGUAUGCAGGUUAUUGCUCCUGUAAAGCCAUAUGCAGUGUGAUCACACGUGGUCCUGGUUGAUGGUGGUGUGUAAUAACAUUGUUGCUGUAGCUUAAGCUUGUGUUUCCUUCAUUGAGAUUAAUACUUGCUUUUUUUGUAAGUAUAAUAAAUAAUAAAAUGUACACUGUAAUGGUA